CGGCUCGACAGCGUUGCUGCGGUUCAGGAUGCCUUUCCCUCGAGCCCUUCAUCACACGGUGGCGAUCCUCCAGACGAAGACGACGAUCGUCAAAAGGAAAUGAGAAAGCUCGAAUUCCGGGAGCAUCGAAAGAGGCAUUACAAUGAAAUGGAACUUGUGAGACAAUUCCGACAGGAGCACCCAGACGGUGUGGAUAUUGGUGCUGAUGCCGACGAUGAGGAGGAAAAUUAA